AUGCAUGGGAGCCCGGUGGCUCGGGCCAAUCCGAAAUCCGGACCUCCUCCAUUUGGACAUCAACACAACACUGCACUCCACCGGCUAGUUCACACUGUUAACACAAUCAUGCAUGGACUACCUCUUCGUUCGUCCAUUAGGUGGUCAUUUAGGGCGAUAACGGUUGGUUGUGCGGCUGUGCACGGGCAGGUGUACUUGUCCUUUCACCGAGACGCGCGCGCGCGGCGGGGAACGGCGGCUGACUGGCGCGCGGCCGCCGUGGCGCGCGCGCUGCGAUCUCUCCAACCGAUAUCUAUUGCUGUAAAAAAACGCCAGACGCCAUCGUGCCGCGCCUCAGCUGUGCUUUUGCCUGCUGCCCCUUGA